AUGCUCGGGUUUGGUAGGAACGGUUUACGACUGGUUGGUCGCCGUGGAUUAUCAUCAGCUGUUACCCAGACGUCUACUACGACUGCCACUCCGCCACCUCAACAGCAGCAACAGCAAAAUCAAUCAGGAGAUGCUCGAAAAAGUUUCAGCAAGCAGAAUAACCGACCGUUUGCCACUGCGACAUCGUCAGAACAAAUCAAAUUGCAGAAGAAAUAUCAAGGAAACAUAGAAAGCAACAAGUUGGAAACCCUACAUGACGCUAUUGAAUACAUUGAAUGGCGAGGUACUGUAUUCCCACAAACGGUUUCCAAAAUCAUUGGGCUCCUCGAUAAAUCUGGAGAGCUUUCUGCUCUUUCCGAUCGCCAACUGGCAGUUAUUCUCUCGGUAUUCGGAGCAACAUGCGAUACAUUGUCUCGUUCUCUUCGCGCUCAAAAUUUGGAAAAAGUUGAAACCAUUCUUCGAGAGAAAGGAGUUGUUUUGGGAUUGCUGUCUCGCAACCAACUCAUUGAAGCGAAAGUCGACAAUCGUAGUCAGGUGGAUGCUGUUGAGGAGCUCGGAAAGUUUGAGGAAUCCGACGUUGAACUUGAUUCCAAAUCGUACGUUCUUCUCUGCGAAGUCUAUGCGAAACAAGCAAAUACAAAAGCAAUCACUGAUAUCAUCGCUCACAUGAAAUCAACAGGAAUCCCGUUGACAGAAGAUCAUGUUGCUCAACUAGUUUAUUCAGUAGCAAGAGGUGGUAGUUAUGGACUAGUCGGGAGAGUGAUGGAUACAUUUGCCACUUCAAUGAAUGUGGUUCGCCUGAGAUGUGCAGCGGCAAGAGCAAUCGCUGAACGAGAGAAGACGGAACCAGGAAAAGGAGGUUCUGAAAUUAUCGAGAUGCUCAGAGCGAUUCCAACGACAGCUAAACUUCAUUCGCUCGAAAACAGCAAAUACGUCGUCAAUGUUCUAAUGGAUCUCAUCGAAAAUGGGCAACUCGACGCAUUCAAUCUUCUCUCCUCAUAUCUCAUUGUAGCUGAAACUGGAUCCACUCUUGAUGACAACAUCCUUAAUUUGCCGGUUGUGGCUCGUGCUAAAAGUCUGCUCAGUGAAGGAAGUUUAGAACAAGCGAUCGCUCUGUAUUCAUGCGUUCAUUCCUCAUAUUCCAAUGACUUCUUCGUCCAAAAACUGAAUCGUCAACUUGAAGAUGGUCUCAAAUCAAUCAGUGCUUCAGAAGCUCUUCAAAAUCAUUUCAAAAUAGUCACUUUGGCCGAGAACAAGGGUUUACUUCCAUCUGCAAAUGAGUUCCUUCUCACGACUUGUGCCAGAAGCCCAGUUCCUUUAUUUGGAGAAGUUUUCGAACAUGUUCAACAGGCAGGAGACGUCAGAACUAUCCUUGGUCAAAAUCCAACAAUCAAAAAGCAACUGGGUCGUCAACUAGCUCAACAACUCAUAAAAACAGUAUCCCCUUCGGAACAAGCUGCAAUUGUCGCUAAAAUUGCCACUGUUAUGUUUGCUCCGUCCACAAAAGAAGUUCCUGGAGAUACUCGUGACUUCUAUAAGAUAAUGUAUAGAGUAGUUGGAAAAGACGUCAAACUAGUUCUUCCUGCUCUUGAUCUGAUGACAAAUGCCGUCUGGCACGAGAAGCGCGAGUUCGGAACCAGCAUCGUUCAUCAAUUGCUCUAUUCAGACAGAGAAGAUCACUUGGCAGCGGAAAAACUUCGCAUAUUGUUAGAAUCCAACAAACUCGGUCAACUCACUCUCUACCGUCUCCAUGGAAUGCUCACCAAAUUUUUGAUGGCUGACAAAGAAAAACGUGUAAAGUUGACUGCUAAAUUGCUUGCACUCGACUUCCCACCAGAAACUGCAUCGAAAGUUCCACUGAAAUUCGGAGGAAAGAACCUUGCCAAUUUUCUUUCAAAUGAAAUCAUCUCACUCGAUAUUGCCACAAAAAUUGUUCAAUUUCUUGAAGAUGAACCUCGUGUGCAAUUGACGAAUGAAGAGCUUAAAGAAGCACAAGGAAUUCUAAAGUCAACUCCACAGAAAGCUGAGUUACUCAAAAAACUGAGAAAAAGUGCUACAAUGCAAAGAUGGAGAGCCAGUAGUGUAUCUGAGUUGCUCAAAGAGCUGGCGAAUUUCACAGAGAACACCAAGGAAGCCGUGAAAAUUUCUUUGAAGAAGGUCAUUGUUCAGAAAGUCAUAAAAGAGUCAUCAGACGAUCUGGACUAUCUUGUCGGAUUUUUGGAGCACAUUGUUGAGUGGAGAAAAGAAAAAUAUCCAGAUUAUUUGAAGACGUUGUUCCAAACAGUUGAAGCCGUCGCUCUAUCCAAAGCUGUCUCUACCAACAACAUGGUUCUUGCUGAUCGUAUUUGGCAAAUGAGAUCUGGUCAUCCAUCAGCAGACGUUCUUCUUUCAUAUGCAUCACGUCUAUUUGUUAAUAAAGAAGUCGAGCGAGCCGAUGAAGUGUGUGAAGAGUUGAGAGCCAGUUCCCAAAUUAUCAGACCACAAACGCUAGAAAAAAUGGGACGACGACUCAAAGGAGCUGAUACUGAACAAAUGACAAAGUUGGCUGAUUAUUUAAAGAAGAGUUUUAACCUGAAGGAAAAGGACGCCCGGCGAGUUGUACUACAAGCCAAGAGCGAUCAGUUGAACCAACUUAUUGAAAAAGACGAUUUGGCUGGAGCUCUUCGAAUGGCUAUUGAGGAGACGAACUCGAGUAAGCGAGCAUUUGGACAAGUACCAAUUAUGAUCGAAGCGAUAAAAAGGAAUGAUCGAAAAACGUUGGAAAGUGUGCACACAAUGGUUCGCUCCGCACACAACGUUGAUAUGGCGAAUGUUAAUCUUGCCUAUGCGCUGAUUCAUUCUGACAACGUCAAUCGGGCUCUCAGUCUCGUCGAACGCCAGAAUCUCACUAUUGAGCGGCCAGUUUUGCAAUACUUCACUACGUUAGCGUCUGCAUCGGAUAAUCCAAAAUUGUUGAGAGAUCUUUUCAUUGUGUUUAAUGGGCGUGCGUCUACAUUGGAUCUCAACAAUCUUCUGGAGCUCGCCACCAAGAAGUUGUAUGGUUUAUUUGUUUUAGGGAGCAGCAAUGACAUUGAUUCGUUGAUGAAAUUAUCCCAUGAGAUCGAGUCGACUUCUUUCCCUCUUCAAAAUCAACUUCGCACAUUCUUCGACGAUCUUAAACAGAAACACUCCUCCUCCCAAUCGUCAGUCGAUUUCGACUGA